GAUACGGAAUAUGUAAGGACUUAGAAAGGACACGAAGUUGUAUUUUGUUAUCAGCGGUUUCAUAUCCGUAUACCUAUAAAUCCCUCGGUUAACAUAAUCAGACCCUUACGAAAAGUACAAAUGGAACAACCCAAGUUGUGAACACAAGAUGGUAGCGGGGUGUCCGGUUGCAGUGUUGACCAAUGGCGCGCUCGGUCCGCUGUGCGGCGGCUGUCGGUGUGACGUGCCUUGUGCUGGGAACGCUGGGGCUGUGCCUGUAUAACACACUUCUGUAUACGUUUGUAACGAAGAUGAUGGUACUCCAGGAGGGAUCGUUCAUUUUCAGCUUCUGGAAGGACAUCCCCAUCCCCAUCUACAUGCAGUUCUACCUGUUCGACAUCCUCAACGUUGAGGAAGUGCUGAAGGGAGGGAAACCGGCGGUGGAACAGCGGGGGCCGUACACUUACAGGGAGCUGAGAAACAAGACGCAGCUCCAGUUUAACGAUGACGACACGGUGUCGUACGUGAACAUGAAGCGGUACGAGUUUGUGCCGCACAUGUCGGUCGGGAGGGAGAACGACACGAUCACAACCCUCAACAUCCCCGCCAUGACGAUCUCGUGGUGGCUGAAGACGCAGCGGGCCGUGAUCCGGGACGCGGCGGCCCUGGGUCUCCUGCUGGCCGGCGAGCCGCUGUUCUUCCGCCGGUCCGUCUCCGGGCUCAUCUGGGGGUACCCCGAGCCGCUGCUGGCCGCCGCGCAGAGGUUCGCUCCCGCGCUCGUCAGGGACGACAAGUUCGGGCUCUUCCUGAAUCAAAAGACGAACUCCACAGACGGUGUGUACACGGUGUUCACAGGACUAACGGACCCGGAGAAGUUCGCCUAUAUCUAUCAAUGGAACGGCAUGACCCAUUUACCGUACUGGAAGCGACCCUGCGGCAGAGUAAACGGCACAGAGGGAAUCAUGUUCCCACCAAUAGAGGACAUAGACAAGCCGCUGUACAUCUUUGUCUCUGACUUGUGCAGAUCCGCGUACCUAACGUACGAAGGCCCCCGGUAUGUUGGCGCUGUGCCCGUGUACCGGUACAUUCUGCCGCGGGAGGAGCUGCGGAACGGCCGGGGAGACACAGCCUGCUAUUGCGGGGACACGUAG